AUGUCUUUGCAAGCACGACAUGAUGUGCGGCGCGCCUCGAAGUCCGACCCACUGCCACCGGAGAUGAUCUCAUUUUUGAGGGAGUCUAUGCGCAACUCCGUCAAACAGGACCCACCAUACGUAUUUGUCGUUUUUGGAGCUUCGGGGGACCUCGCGAAAAAGAAGAUAUACCCAACUCUCUGGUGGCUCUACCGCGACGAGUUGCUGCCCAAAAACGUGCACUUUGUCGGCUACGCGCGUUCCGAUCUGAGCGUCGACAAGAUUCGCGAGCACUUCGAGAAAAACGCAAAGGUGCGCGAUAACGAGAAGGAAAAAUUUGAGCAGUUCCUGAAACAAAACACCUACAUUCGGGGGAAAUACGACACCGAUGAGGGAUUCAAGAAGAUUCAGGAAUUCAACGACGAUCUGCAGAAGAAAUCGGGAUUACCAGUUAACCGUCUGUACUACCUUGCGUUGCCGCCGUCGGUUUUCGAGGAGGUGACGAAGCAUUUGAAGACAAACUGCAUGGACAAGGGUGACUCGUGGACCAGGGUCAUCAUCGAAAAGCCGUUCGGCACGGAUUUGGACUCUUCAAUGCAGCUUUCCAAGCACAUCUCUUCGCUGUUCAAGGAAGACCAGGUUUAUCGAAUUGAUCACUACCUCGGUAAAGAGAUGGUCCAGAACUUGAUCACAUUAAGGUUCGGUAAUCGUCUUUUCGGGCCUUCCUGGAACCGAGAGCACAUCGCGAGCGUCGUCAUCACGUUCAAGGAGGAUUUUGGUACCCAAGGCCGAGCCGGUUAUUUCGACACUUCCGGCAUCAUUCGUGAUGUCAUGCAGAACCAUCUGAUGCAAGUUCUCACCCUGCUGGCCAUGGAAAAGCCGGUCUCGCUGAAUGCCGAAGAUAUCCGCGACGAAAAGGUCAAAGUUCUGAAGUCGAUGCCGGAGCUUGGGCUCGACGACGUCAUUGUCGGACAGUACAUUGCAAACCCAGAUUCGAAUCAUCCUGAGGCAAAGAAGGGCUACCUCGAAGAAGAGGACGUGCCAAAGGACUCGAUUACGCCAACGUAUUGUAUGGCGCAUUUGCGGGUGAAUAACGAGCGAUGGGAUGGUGUGCCAUUCAUCAUGCGUUGCGGCAAGGGCCUGAACGAGAAGAAAUCAGAAGUGCGAAUCCAGUUCCGCGAGGUGCCCGGCGAUAUUUAUUCGCCAGGCGAAUUGAAGCGCACCGAGCUCGUGAUCCGGGUCGCUCCCAACGAGGCCGUCUACUUGAAGCUCAUGACCAAGAAGCCCGGCAUGGACUUUGGCGUCGAGGAGACGGAGCUUGAUCUCUCCUACAACAGCCGGAAUCCGUCUGCCCGAAGCCUACGAGCGGCUAUUCCUGGAAGUGUUCAUGGCACGCGUGGCGGAGUGUUCACCCCGGUGCUGAAGCAACUCGAGGAGAAGCGCGUCAAGCCGGUCCAGUAUAAAUUCGGAAGCCGCGGCCCUGCGGAGGCUGACGAGUGGUCGAAGAAGCUCGGCUACGUCUACAGCGGCACUUACAAGUGGAAGAAUCCCAACAAGCUA